AUGGUGAAUCUCAAGUGCAGUGAGAGCAGUAGUCACUUGGGGAGAGCCAAAUCUCACGAAGGUCCGGUACAACAUUUGGAGGCCCCAGCAAGAUCUAAUUCUAAAAUUUCUCCAGGCUGCCAGGCCUCAGUGACUGGCCCGUGGGGAACUUCCCGUCAUGGGGGGUUACCCCCUGAAGAAGUUCCAGGGCCCUUCAAUGAGAACUUCUCCCCUGUGGGUCGGAAGCUGACGCCCUAUAGUCAUCUAUCCAUUUGGAGUCCCUCAGGACGCAUCUGGAGCUUCGAGCCACUUCUCACUCCACAGUGCCCACUAGACUUUACCCCCCAGAUGCUGGGCUUUCCUUGUGCACGGGAUGAUCUCUCUCUCUGUGGAGCAUCCCCGGGGCUCAGGGGGACACUGCCUCCCCAGAAUAGUGUUCAGGCUGCACCACAGCCCAGUGCCUUCCAGCGAGCAUGCCAGCCUUCGCCUACCAGUCAGCCCUGCACAGAGCCUGUAAGGCCUAUAGAGAAGCCAGUACAGGAUGCUGAGAAGACUAUAUGGCUGCCCAGCCGCAGGAAAGAGCAGCUCCAGCCCCAGCUCAAUGAACACCCCAAGGCACCCAUUGUUAUUGAAGAUAGUCCAGUUCCCUGCACCCCACCAACACUUCCAUCCUGUGCCCAAGAGCACCAGUCUCUUCUACAGAACCAGGGCACACUGCCACCUGGUUCUCCACCCAUACACAUUAUUGACAAUGUUUUCAGUCUGGCCUCCUGCCUUAACUAUCUGGAUGUGCAGAUGCCCAAGGUCACAUCUGAGCCUGAUUCGGCCCCAGUCCCCAAGGAUAGCUAUGACAAAGACUCCAGGGGUACCCUGUCUACCCAGGAGGCCCCUUUGAUGGUGCAUUGCUCACUUAGGGAGAAAGUGGCACUGGACUUGAGUGUAAAGAAACUCACGGCAGAGGCUCCUCCUAUCAAGGUCUCUAGUCCUGCAGUGGACUCCAAGCUCCCUGUAGCUGUGGGUGUGCCAGAUGCAGAGAGAGCAGUCUCACAGCCGCCUGGGGUGCCAGUGACCACAGAGACCACCCCAAAGACCAACUUCCACAGCUCUGUGGCCUUCAUGAUCCAAAAAUUCAAGAUCCUCUGGCCGGCACUCUUGUCUGCAGCUAUGGUCCCAUCUGUGCCCACCUCAGUCCCUUCCUCUGACCAGCCUGCACCCACCACUACAUCUGUGCCCACUGGACUACAGAUUCUCAAACAUCCCUUGCCCAUAGCCUGCUUUGACCUGGCACUGCCCCGUUCUCCACGUGUACUUGUGACCACCCCAGCACCUACUCUGGCUCCAUCACCUGCUCCAGCCCACGCUCCUACUCCAGCUUCUACCCCUGUCACAGUGGAUUCCCCAGAGCAACACUUUGCAGGACUGCAUGAAUCCCUGUGUAAUGCCAUCUUGGGCUCAGUGGCCCACUCCCCACCUGAGAAGCUGCGUGAAUGGCUUGAGAUGGCUGGGCCUUGGGGCUGGGCAGCAUGGCACAAUGGCCAGGCAGUGCAGGGGCUAUUGGGCAAGCUGCUGUCCCAAUUGCAAUGCUUUGUGUGCAUGCAGCAGUGCCCCUUCCCCCAUGUGGUGAGGGCUGGCUCCAUCUUCAUGCUCAUCCCCCUGGUGAAGGAACAGCUCUUCCUGAGGCUGCCGCCUGCUUCUGUGUACCACACGCUGCAGGAGCACCUCGUGGUGCUCCGGCCCACCACAUUGUCAGAGGAGAAGGCACUGCGGGAGCGAGCCCUGCGUAGCUGCACCUCAUGCAUGCUGAAGUUGCUGGCACUGCGCCAGAUGCCUGACAUAUACCCUGACCUGCUGGGCCUGCAGUGACGUGACUGUGUAUGCCACCAGCUGAAACCCAUAAUGGCCAGAGAUGAGCCAGAGAGCCUAUCUCUGGCUCAGAAGUCUCCCUUCUCCAAGGCCAAGAAGCCAGGGAGGAAGCUACAAACUCCUGGCCCAGAGAAAGCAGAGACAACUGCUGGCGGAGGGUCCUGCUGUGCCUCACCUGCCCCCAAUGCCAGUGCCAGCCCACCCAGCCACACACUGAGGGCCCACUGCCAAAGCUUGCUGGAAACCACCUGGCUUAGUGGCCUGGAACUGCCCACUUAGGACCACAAGGCCUCAGGAGCAGCCCAGCCCUCACUGUACCCACAGCUGCUAGGUGGCCAGAGCCAUCUCCUGUAG